AUGAUUCUCUACUCAACUUUCUGGUUCUUGGUUUCUGUUUCUGGUUCUGGCUACUGUUUCUUCAUCUCAUCUUCAAAGGUAAAAUCCGUUAUGGAAAACAAUGGAUUCAAUUGCAAUAUGCCAAUGGGUAUGGCAGGUGGGUGUGAGAGCUUCAUCGUCCCAGAUGAAAGCUUUCAAAAAGCUUUCGUUUAUCAAAACCACCAUAUGAUGCCCGGAAAUGGAUUUCCGAUAAACGCUACAGAGAUUUCAAAUCCCACCGACAGUUUCCCUUCGAUUGGUCAUAUGGAUAUUCCGAUUUCCGCUACAGCUCUUGCAGCCCUUCUUGCCUCCAGACACGGUCAACACGAAAGCUCAAGUCUACCAUCUUUCGGUCAACCUCUUGGAAUCCCGAAUUCCAUGCCAUAUAAUGGGUCGGAGAAUUUUGUGUAUGAUGGGAUGAUUGGAGUUGGAAUUGGUGAUAUGAAUCGGAAAUGGGAAUACAACACUACUACAAAUAGCAUGGGUUUAGAUGGUAAUGAGCUGUCAUUGAGUCUUGCCACGUGUUCUGGCAUCAGUAACCUUUCCUUACAAGGAAGACAGUUGGGAAGCUUAGAACAAGCCAGUUCCUGCAACAGUAGAAGUCUUUCGUUAGGGUUCGAUUCUAAUUCUAUAACGGAUAAACCGCUCCAAGUUUUGCAAUGUUCAUCUGGAUCCAACGGUUAUCUUCAUACGAUGCAACAAAUCCUCACGGAAAUUGCGACUUACUCACUUGGAAACCUUGACCAGGUCAGCUAUAAACCGAUGAUUGCUCCCGAUGAAUUUUCAGAUGGAAACAACAAAUACGAAUAUGAUGAUCAUAGAUUUGUUCAUGCUUUGAAAGGGCGAAGUGUCGAAGCUAAAAAGAAGCAUUUGCUCGCCUUACUAGAAAUGGUGGAUGAGCGGUAUAACCAGUGUUUAGAUGAGAUACAUACGGUGAUAUCGGCAUUUCAUGCUGUAACAGAAUUGAAUCCGCAAGUUCAUGCCUGUUUUGCUCUUCAUACGAUUACGUUUUUCUACAAAAGUUUAAGAGAGAGGAUAAGUAAUUAUAUACUUUCAAUGGGGGCGGAUUUUAGCACCAUGGAUCAAGGAGAAGAUGAGCUGUCGUCUUUUGUACCCAAGCAAUGGGCUCUUCAGCAGCUAAGAAGAAAAGAUCAUCAGCUAUGGAGGCCGCAAAGAGGGCUUCCGGAAAAAUCUGUUUCUGUGUUGCGUGCAUGGAUGUUUCAGAACUUCCUUCACCCGUAUCCAAAGGAUGCGGAGAAACAAUUAUUGGCUGUAAAAAGCGGAUUGACAAGGAGCCAGGUAUCGAAUUGGUUUAUAAAUGCGAGGGUGAGACUAUGGAAGCCCAUGAUUGAGGAAAUGUACUUAGAGAUGAAUAGGAGGAGGAGAAGUGACGAAGAAACAGCAAGUAAUAACCACAGAAAUCAGCAAUAUGAAUAUCAUAGUUGAAGAAGAAAAGAUGACUAUUCAUUUCUUCCUUGAUUAAUUCUAUGUAU